AAAUAUAAAACUUUUGCUCCUAAAUCGUCUCUUUUGAAUCUGUGCUUCAUUUUCUUUGUUUCUCCGUCUGCUUAUCCACGGCCGAGAAGCAAUUGUUGUCAGAUAUUCUUUGUGGUUAUAAUACUUGAGGCCAUGCCUGCUACAAAGAAGUAAAUGAAAAAAAUGAGCUCCGAUGAUCCGAACCAACCCGGUCUCGUGAUAACUGUGACCGAAUCCAUUCGCUCGUUUCUUCUCUCAGCCUCCAAUGACCAUCGUCUCUCUAAAGAACUCCGAGAACUCGCUCUCACUCUUUCCUCAGCAGCCAAUGCUCCGUACAAGCAGAUCCGAAGCAUAUGGAUGGAAUCAGCUUUUGACUCCAGGCCCGGAUUGAUUUCUCUCUUCUCCGGAUCUAAUUUCGUUUUCACCAGUCCUAAACCCAGAGAGAAGAGCGAAGAAUUGAAGGAGAGGUUAAGGAAGCUUAAAGAACUAGCAGAGAGGAAAGAGUAUCAAGAGCUUGUUAAAGAUAUCACGCCGAAGAAGGAUCUCACUGAACCUUUCUCUACUUAUAAGGAUCAAAUUGGCUUUGGUUUACAUGUUGCUCUGACAAUGUUUACUGGGUAUUUGGUUGGUUAUUUUGCAUUCAGAGCGUUGUUUAACCACAGUCCUAUCAUGAAUUCUGCUGGAGGUAUUCUUGGAUUGGUGUUUGGCAUGCUUCUUGAAACAUUUUUGUUCAUUAUUAGGACUUCAGAGCCUAACCUUAAAUCGCCGUCCUCAACUUCGAGAUUGAAGAAAAAUCAAUAGAGUAUUUAAAAAGAGGUUGGUUGUGUUUUCUUUUCUUGCUACCUAUUGUCCAUUAUCAAUAGAGUAUGUGAGUUUAAGCCUGUAAAUACUAUCAUAUUGUAAUCAUAGGGCAUUUUAUUUUGUUGUUCUUUGCCGUGAACAAUAUUACAAAGUAAAGAUUGUGUAGGAUUAUUUUUAUAACUUUGUUGAGAGCAGAUGAAUAAGAGAACAAUUAUAUCCAUCUUUAA